AAACUAUCAUUUUUAAAGGUUACAAAACUACAUGAAUGCAUUAAUCUAACAUGAGCGUAAUCAGGGAGUUUCGUUUGGAACAAAACAUAAAGAUUUUGGAAGUUGCACAUUACGCACAGAGAGUGAACAUGUUGUCCUCCACUCUUCUCCUCUCCGUUGAAACUUUCCGUUCUGCUCCUCCACUCACCUCUCUGACACUCGUGAUAGAUAGAAAGAAGAAGAAAAAAACUCACCACUGACUGUUUGUUUAGUGCUUCAAGUGGCACGCGUCCGGCGCGCUGCACCGGGGCAGGAGCCCAAGGUGAAUCCACGCGACUGGAGGGCGUGGCUAGAGCCCCAUCCACACGUAUUGAAAAGCAGUGGCGUCUCUCCUCGAGGACUCAGUAGAGCUUUGAGGUGCGCGUGAGGCAGCAGCCAAGGGACUGCCCCCAACUGAAACAAGUGGAACAUAACACGUGAACGGCACGAGCGGGACGCACCCCCUCGAGACUUGGGUGAUUUUCUUUAUAAGUUUGUUUUAUUUUUCUUGGAAUGGACAUCACAGCCAAGAUGGAAAUUAACCUCAGCCAGCAGCAGCUCCUUCCACCCGCAUGCUACUUCUCCUCCUCCGUGCCGCAGAGCAUCCAGCUGAGCCCGAGCGGCAGCAGCCAGAGCAGCGGGAAGUCUGCGUCCAAGCAGCCGAAGAGGCAGCGCUCCUCCUCCCCAGAGCUGCUGCGCUGCAAGCGGAGGCUCAACUUCGCGGGGUUCGGCUACAGCCUGCCGCCGCAGCAGCCGCACGCCGUCGCCCGGAGGAACGAGAGGGAGCGGAACCGGGUCAAGCUGGUCAACAACGGCUUCGCGACCCUGCGGGAGCACGUGCCCAACGGAGCCGCCAACAAGAAGAUGAGCAAAGUGGAGACGCUGCGCUCGGCCGUGGAGUACAUCCGCGCCCUGCAGCAGCUGCUGGACGAGCACGACGCGGUCAGUGCGGCGUUCCAGUCCGGGGUGCUGUCGCCCACCAUGUCGCAGGGAUACUCCGCAGACAUGAACUCCAUGGCGGGGUCACCGGUGUCCUCGUACUCGUCAGAUGAGGGCUCCUAUGACCCCCUGAGUCCAGAAGAGCAGGAGCUGCUGGACUUCACCAACUGGUUCUGAGCAUCCGUAUGAGAAAUAUGGAUCAACUCAUUUAACUGUUGUAGUGCGCUUGGGAUGGUCCCGGAGAAGGCUGGCGGUCCAUAACAACAAGACACACUGUCAAAGCCUUUUGGUCCCGCGUCCUGAACGACCGGUCCUCCCAGACUGACAGACAGACAGACAGACAGACACGGCCUUAAAAGUCCUGAAAACUUCGGGGUGAAAUCAGGCCAGAGAUCAGCGCCAAAGGAUUAAAGAAAGUUGGAUCUCCUGACAGCGUGGGAAUCCAAGCUUCUGUGCAUUCGUCCACGAUUUAAAACAAACAAACCCUAAAGUGAAUUCACGCUCUUCAGCAGCACAUUGAAAACAUUAUUUAAUACGCCGCUCUUCAACUAUGCUAAACCCAAUCACAGAACAGCAGACCCUUUGGUAAACCUCUCAGAAAAAUGCUUCCAAGUCGCGGAUUUUAUUCUAUGAAAUUCUAUAUCGAACUCUUGUUUUUUUUUUGUUUUUUUUUAAAUAUAUUAAGAUAUUUUUGUAUGUAAGAGAUUUAUAGAUGUUUUGUA